AAUUCAACUAAUUCAGAAAAUCAAAUAAAAUUUUUUUAAAAAAAUAAUUCUUUUAAAUAAGAAAUUAAAAAUAUCCAAUCACAAAAAGAUCCAAACACUAUAUAAAAAUGAAUUCGCGUCAAAUAUUCUUUGCUCUCUUGAUUGUGCUUAUGGCUACUAUCGUAACAGCCUCUCCUUUGAAUUUAGAUCAAUUAAUUGAAAGAAAAAAUGCUCAAAAAGACGAAAGUCCAUCGAAAGAAAAAAACGGCGAAGUUAAGGCUACGCUUUCGAGACCUGGCAGAGAUACUUCGGGAAAUUAUGAAAGGGACCUACCGGUUAAUCAUCCGAUAAAAAGAAAUUUGGACUAA